CCUCUCAGUCGUGGAGUUCCAGUCGUACGGUCUGUAUGGAGCUCUCUCCGCGUAAAAGAAUUUUCAAAAAAUUGAGAAAAAAGCCUUAGAAAAAUAUCCUUAAAUCAUUUUCGAAUAAAGUUUAAAAAUUUUUGAUGGUAGUGAAUUUUUUUGGAAAUCUUCAAAUAAAAUAUAUCAAAAGGUUCUAAGUUAAAAAAAGAUAAAUCCUCUGUACCUGCCUAAGGAUUUCGAUAUAAAGGCAGUCAAAGAAAAAAAAAUAUAUAUUUCCCCAUCUGUACGGUUCCCCCCAUCAUCAUAUCGUUGCGGUGUGUGUAUAGACAUCCUUUUGCUCCUCGCUGCUGGUGGCUGCUGGUGUAGUCUCGUGUCCUUUAUUUUAUUUGUUGUUGUGCUCCUGGUACUGGUGGCUGCUGUUUUUCUGAUGGUGUACUAGAGUACGUACUGCUCUCAAUCUCGCUCACCAGUGUGCUUUUAUACGUGUGUUCCUUAUCUAGGGCUUUCAAAACGAAACCACUCUCAUUCCCAAAAUCCACGUCCACCUCCUGAAACCCCACAACCCACAACGAAACCAAAAUCCACCGACCACCGCCCUCUCUAUCAACGCCGCCGCCGCUCCGAGCCGCCACCCGUUGUCGCUGUCGUCGUUGUCGUUGUCGCUGUCGACUCCGCGCCGCCUCUCGCAACCCUAGCAAUUCACAUAACACCGACCGACGACAACGAGUGUACGUACAAGGAUAUUGCGUAAAAGAAUUCCCGUCCUUGUUGUCCUUCGGGAAGGAUAUGAAACGGAAUAAACACUACGCGUGUUGUAAAUAAAAGCAAAAAGAAAAAGUUAAAAUAAAAAGAAAAUAGAAAUAUUCAUAAUUCAAACACGAUGAUGAUGAUUGUGGUGAUGUCCUUUUUGUGAUUUCGUCGAUUUUUUCUUGCUUCUUUGUUUUUGAUUCGAGUGUCCUUUUUUUUUGUUUUUGAAGUGAGUGUGUUUACAUUGGAUUGAUUUCCAUUUCAUCAUUCUUGCAACUUUAUAUUAUGCCGACAAGAGUUCUCCCUUAAAAAAAAAGAAAUGUAUUCAUAUAAUCCUAUUAUCCUAAGAUGAUAUAUAUUUUUGGUAUCCUUUUUUGUGCGGAAGAUUUAAAUAAUAAAAUCCCUUAUCCUUCAAAAUUUUUGAAACAUACCUAUCUCAGUGACAACAAGGUGGAUUAUAAUUAAAUUUCAAGGAGUUUUAUUCUGAUUAGGUGUAUCACUUCACCGUCUCCGUUCUCAAAUCUCCGGCUUUCAGUCUCCGGUAUCGGUCUUGCUAUUGGUCCUGAAUGGUGAUGUCCUUUUUGUCGUUGUCGUUUUCGGUUGUGCGUGUUUGAAUUUUCUAUGAAUUUAAUUUUGUUCGUUUCGGACAAGCAAACAUCCUUUUUCUAGAAAUCCUGCUUCACAUCAUCUUUGACGUCUUCGGUUCGUGAUAAGAGUCGUUCCAUCAAAUCUCAGAAUAUACCUACCUACAUUUUUAUCCUUUGUGCGUGUGAGUUUAAUUAUAUCUACGUAUAUAAAAAAAAAAGAAAAAGUGAAGUGUGUGACAGGAUCCUCUCUCUUGAUGUCUGUCAGUUAUAAUAAAGUGUUGUUAUCAAUAGAAAAACAAAUCAAGUUUUUCAUUUGUUGUUGAAAAUAUAGUGUUUGAGUGAGUGAAAAAAAAAGAUAUCUCAAGAAAUAUCCUUCAAAAAGGAUACGGAUACCUACCUCGCUAUACACGUGUUGGUGUUAAUAGCGCUUAGUGAACUUAAUUAAACGCUUCAGGAUACGUAUCUACGGAAAUAGAAAAGAUAUGACAUGUGGCGGUGUUGUGACAUUUUGGAUAUUCUUACUAUUUUCAUUAAUUUUAUUAAAUGUUAAUCACACAAAUGGCGGCCGGCCAGAUGAAUUACAUAUUGGUGGAAUAUUUCCGAUAGCCGGCAAAGGAGGAUGGCAAGGCGGUCAGGCGUGUAUGCCAGCUGCAAAGCUGGCAUUGGAUGAUGUUAAUAAAGAAAAGAAUCUACUUCCCGGGUUUAAGUUGAUUCUACAUAGUAAUGAUAGUGAGUGUGAACCCGGAUUAGGAGCUAGCGUCAUGUACAAUCUACUAUAUAAUAGGCCACAAAAAUUAAUGCUUUUAGCCGGAUGCAGUACGGUCUGCACAACAGUAGCUGAAGCAGCAAAAAUGUGGAAUUUAAUCGUGCUGUGUUAUGGUGCAUCGAGUCCAGCACUAUCGGAUCGCAGUCGAUUUCCGACCCUUUUUCGCACUCAUCCCUCCGCAACAGUACACAAUCCAACAAGGAUUAAACUUAUGAAAAAGUUUGGAUGGUCACGGGUUGCCAUUCUACAGCAAGCCGAAGAGGUUUUCAUAUCGACCGUUGAAGACCUCGAAAAUCGAUGCAUGGAGGCGGGCGUCGAAAUCGUCACUAGACAAUCAUUUCUAUCCGAUCCAACAGACGCCGUUCGAAAUUUAAGGCGUCAGGAUGCUAGAAUAAUCGUAGGACUUUUUUACGUAGUUGCAGCUCGCCGUGUCCUAUGCGAGAUGUUUAAACAGCACCUAUAUGGCAAGGCGCACGUGUGGUUUUUUAUUGGUUGGUACGAAGAUAAUUGGUUCGAACAGAAUCUAGAAAACGAAGGUAUAACAUGUACAAAAGAACAAAUGCGACUUGCUGCAGAAGGUCAUCUGACAACAGAAGCCCUUAUGUGGAAUCAGAACAAUCAAACGACAAUUUCCGGAAUGACAGCCGAGGAAUUUCGACAACGACUGAAUACAGCCCUCACAGACGAAGGCUAUGAAAUAAGUAAUGCUCGCUACCCAGAGGGCUAUCAAGAGGCCCCAUUGGCCUAUGAUGCUGUAUGGAGUGUGGCCUUAGCAUUUAAUAAAACCAUGGAACGACUGAAAGAACGAAAAAAGUCCUUGCGUGAUUUUACAUACACAGAUAAGGACAUUGCUGAUGAAAUCUAUGCUGCAAUGAAUUCAACACAGUUCCUGGGAGUGUCGGGAGUUGUUGCAUUCAGUUCCCAAGGUGAUCGUAUUGCCUUAACACAAAUUGAACAAAUGAUCAAUGGAGAAUAUAAAAAGCUUGGCUACUAUGAUACACAACUUGAUAACCUCACAUGGCUUAAUAUGGAACAAUGGGCUGGUGGCAAGGUACCACAGGAUCGAACGAUAGUAAGAAGAGUCCUUCGAACGGUGUCAUUGCCAUUGUUUGUUUGUAUGUGUACGAUAUCCUGUUGUGGAAUAGUUGUAGCCCUGGGCCUUAUCGUAUUUAAUAUAUGGAAUAAGCACAGAAGAGUUAUACAAUCAUCACAUCCUGUAUGCAACACCAUCAUGCUAUUCGGCGUCAUAACAUGCCUUGCAUCCGUAAUCCUGUUGGGUAUUGAUGGACGUUUUGUUGACUCAGAAGAAUAUCCAAAGAUUUGCCAAGCGAGAGCAUGGCUUCUGUCAACAGGUUUUACCUUAGCGUAUGGAGCCAUGUUUAGUAAAGUGUGGCGUGUUCAUCGAUUCACAACAAAAGCGAAAACGGAUCCAAAGAAAAAAGUCGAACCAUGGAAACUGUACACAAUGGUUUCCGGCUUACUGUCAGUCGAUUUGGUUAUCCUCUUGGCAUGGCAAAUAUUCGAUCCACUGCAGCGUAUCCUGGAGACAUUCCCCCUCGAAGAUCCCAUCUCAACGACGGAUGAUAUUCAAAUUCGCCCCGAGCUGGAACAUUGUGAGAGUGAAAGGAAUUCCAUGUGGCUUGGACUCGUAUAUGGAUUUAAAGGAUUGAUCCUAGUUUUUGGACUGUUUCUUGCUUAUGAAACACGUUCGAUAAAAGUGAAGCAAAUCAACGAUUCCAGAUACGUUGGCAUGAGCAUAUACAACGUGGUUGUCCUUUGCCUGAUAACAGCACCCGUUGGCAUGGUUAUUGCCUCACAGCAGGACGCAUCGUUUGCAUUUGUGUCGUUGGCUGUGAUAUUUUGUUGUUUUCUCAGCAUGUUGCUGAUAUUUGUGCCAAAGGUAAUUGAAGUGAUUCGACAUCCAAAGGAUAAAGCGGAAUCAAAAUAUAAUCCAGACUCGGGGAUUUCAAAAGAAGACGAGGAAAGGUAUCAAAAGCUGGUUACAGAGAAUGAAGAACUGCAACGACUGAUAUCACAGAAAGAAGAAAAAAUCCGACUUCUUCGACAACGAUUAGUGGAUCGGGAUGCGAAUAAUAAACCACCAGGAGAAGGAGGUGGUGUUGGUGCUGGUGCUAUAGGAGCUGGAGUUGGAGCUGGAAGUGGAGGAACUAUUACGACGACAAAUGUAAUAGGUUCACAAGGAGGCACCGUCAUUACACCGACAACAUUAGCAAUUACACAAGAUACACAUGAUCAUCAUACAUGAAAAAUCGAGUCAAUUUCUUUCACGUGAUAGGUAAAUAAGAAAUAAAUUCAAUUUAUUACUAAAAAAUUUAAUAAAACAAAAAAAAUAUUAUGAGAAAAGAAAAAAACAAUUAUUGCAUAACAAUUCUGUGUAAAUAAAAUAAUAAUUUAAAUGUAAGCUAAAAAUUAGAUAAAAACCUGCAAAACAAACGAAAUUACAUUUAAGUUUAAAUACAUAUACAAUACAUACACAUUAUGUAUAAUUUUGAUUUUAAAAUUAAGGGUAUGUACUGUAGGUUAUUUAAGUAUAGGCUAAUUAUAUAUGUUGCUAAUAUUUGAAUAUGUUUUUUAUAGACAACAAUUAAUUGUUUUAAUUGCAUCUACAAAUGAUUGAUUUUUCUAAUUUAAAGGGUGGCAAAAAAUACUUUGUAAUGAUAAUAUUCCAGUCAAUAUAGACAAAAUAUAUCGAUAUCGAUUGGCACAGAAAAUGAGGACUUCGUUAAUACCAAGUGACAAGAAAUACCCAAAAAUUCAACAUGAACAUAGCAACUUAUUAAGGUUUUUAGUUAAAAAUAUCCGUUUCUAAGAUGAUCCUUUUGAACAUAAAAUGUUUUUUUUUUUUUUUUUGAGCAAGAGUUUAGAAGUAACAUUUUUUAAGGGAUCAGCUAAAGCUAUUAUUGAAAUCAAUACGGAAAUGUUUUUAAAUAUAUAUUUGACUAGGUUUCCCUUUGAUUAGAGAUACAAACUAUGCACUGAUUCAUCGGAAAUCAUACAAGGAAUGUUUUGAGAAAAAAAAGUAGAAGUGGAACUACGCAGAUACUUCUAUGUUCAAAAGUGAAACGAAUCCUUCCACUGAUUUCUUUUCCAAUUUCACACAAUUCCAAUGACCAAUUUCUGUUACUAAAAAAUUGUUGGAUUUCUAACAAGAAUUUUUUUUCAAUGACAGAUAUUUUUAUUGAUCUCUAUUACGACCUGCAAAAACAAAAUCCAAUGAUUGAUUCUAAUAAUAAAAACCAAUGACAGCUAUAAUUGAACUCUAAGGAUCUGACGAUUUAUCUUGCCUGCAAAUUUAACAAAAUAACAAUAUUUUGUGUGAGAUAAAUAAUUCAAAGUCAAUAUCUUUUUUUCUUCGCCAUUCUCCGAAAAAAUGUCUUAUCAGUCGUUUGUUGUUUUGGUAGA